CUUCCACUGCAGUCCUCCGAUCAGUUACAACUGGAACAGACAAGCGGUGUUUGUCUGGAAGCCAAGGAUUGUUUGGACGGGCGUUCGCAAAGUUCGUGUAUGAAUAAGUCGUCGUCAACCGAGUGUUCUAGUAGCUUCGCAGCCAAUCGAAAACUUAGCUUGCCUGCCCAACUCGACACGUCCAUCUCCUUCCCGACCCUUCAAAUGACGUUCUUUCAAGUGGACACCCCGUCGUCCGCACCACCCAACUUCCCUUCGUCCGAAGUCGUUGAUGAGGAGAGCGAAAAGGUGGAGAAGCCGACGUCACCACGGCAAAGACGCUUCCACGGCUGGCGUCGUUUGCGACUGCCGCCCAAGAUUCUCAUCUCCACGUCCACGGCGACAACAACGUCCAGGAAGCAGUCGAGGUGCUUGGGGGUUGGUGUGGCACCACAACUCGUCCAGUCCCUCACGAGCCUUCAUUCUGGGCUUCCUCCUCCACCGCCGUCGCCUCCUCUUCCACAUCCUCCCGCUUCCACUCCCCUCGACUUGUUCCAGUGCCUCCGCACCAGCAAGUCGUCCGAGGUUCUGUCGAAACGCUCGGCGAGCAGUGAUCCAGAGAUUGCUCAAGACCUUCCCAGCCUGAUCAAAAGUAACCUCUGUACCUAUUUCCUCUCAGCAUGCAGAGCCGGACGCCUGCAGGAGGUUCAACAAGCUCUGGACGCUGGCGUCGCUCCAACGACUGUGGAUCCAGUCUCGGGGAAGUCAGGACUACACCAGGCUGCCAAGUUUGGUCGUCUCAACGUUGUACAGUACCUCAUUGAAAGCGGUGAGCGAUUCUGGUGCCUUCAGCUUUCCACCUCAAGAUCGGUUUCUCUUGACCAAUUCUCUUUCUCUCUUGCUGUAGCUCCGAGGGAGUUGCUGGACCUUCAGGACUUCGAAAAGAAGCAAACAGCUCUACACAAGGCGGCGGCUUGCCAUCGUAGACGCGUCUGUGAGUCACUGAUUCGCGCUGGCGCCUCCGCCGUCUGUCAGGACGUCAAUGGCGACACUCCACGCAUCCUGGCACUCAGGGCUUCUGACAAGAAACUCGCUCACACCCUGCAGAUUGAGGAACUAAUGCAGAUGAUUAAACGAAGCAAUGAGGAAUUUCAACCCAGUGCCAAAGUCACCCCCUCUACACCGCCCCUUCCGCACACUCCAUGA